AUGAUCUUCGCCAGGUUGACAUGCGCAGUCGCGCUUGCACUUGGAGCUGCAGCUGAGACUGACAGCCAGUGUGCGAUGCAGCUUGGCACGAAGGCAGCUGGCAAGUCGAGUGCCGGCGUCUCGGUGGCCGCCAGCACCGAGAUGUGGACUUUCGAGGACAUCUUCGGCCACAAGGAUGCGACUGCCCCCGCCUAUGGCCAGGCAGAGGUGCAGGAGGCGCCUAAGCCUGCAGUCGCGUUGGCGGAGACAGAUACCAAGCCUGUUGCAGCCCUUGACGCAACCGAGAAGGCUUCCACGGCUCAUGCCGCCGAGACGGCGAAGCCUGGCAACAAGGCGAAGGAGUCCAAGGCAGUGGCUCAUGCCGGUGCCUCGAAAGGCAAGGGCUCGGCGAACCAGACGGACUACGUGGUGGCUAUGAUCGAGAGCUUUCUGAAGAAGCCCCUUCCCCCGAAGAACGCGGACGUGUCUGAGACACGGCCCCUGGUGUUCAUGCAUCAGCAUCGGGCUGGAGGCACUACCAUGCGAAAGCUGUUGUACAACACGUCGCUUGCCCUGAAGAUGAAGCCUCACAUCCAGUGCUCCGGAAAAGUGGACUGCCGAGCAUUCAAGAACACGGUCACCGAUGCGGCAGUCUAUGGCGGCGAGUUUUGCUGGCGGGAGAUGAUGACGUCGCUGUCCGGCAAGCAGGUCUCAUGCUUGACUAACUUCCGCGAGCCCGUGGCACGCAUCACAUCGUGCUACGCACAGCGGCUGGUCCUGAAGAAGAAGGUGGCACCUUUCUGCAUGGCCAAGUUGGACCCGCAGAAGCUCAAGACCCUUCUUGUGAACUACGGCUGCGUGAACGAGCCUUUCCGCCGGCUGGGUCAGUGCGGUGUGCAGACGCAUGCGGAUGCCACCGACAAGAAGGCGCGGAUGCAGAUUUGGAACAGCACACUGCGCAACCUUGCGGCUUGCGUGCCGGUCUUGGUCGACAAGCAGGACACCUACUCGGCCGCUGUGAAGCACUUCCCACAGUUCAAGCAGGCUUUCUGGCAGAUGAAGAAGGAAAGGAUGAACACGAACUCCUAUCCCAAGGACUGCCAGAUCCCCGGCACGCACGUGGCCGUGAUCCAGGAGUUGGCAGCGCAGGAGACGCUCCUCUACGAGGCUGCGAGGAAGCGAGCUCUCGCCAUCCACGCGCAUGACUCGAGCUAG